AUGGAGAAGAAACCAGAGUUUACGUACGAUGACGAUGAAGACAGCAGCAAGUACGAGAACGACAGCGAAACUGAUCGUAGCGAUGUCGCAGAUCUUCCUGCUGAUGACGACAACAACAACAACGAGGACACUUUCGUUUCUCAGGUUCAAUGGCCUCAGAGCUUUAGGGAAACGACUGAUUCGUACACGAUAGCUGCAUCACCAAUCUUCGGAUCUCUAAGGAGUAAUCCCAGUUUCUACAAUACGAGUCAAAAGCCGAGUUUCUACAGACAGAGCAGAAGUAAUCUUGAUGUUGAGUCUAAAGCUCCUUUCCUCCCUGAGAGGUAUGAAGAACCCGACAAAGCCUCAGCUGCACAAUCUGUUUGGUCUCGUAGAGGCUCCUUUGCUGAAGAGUUAGCCAUUGGAGGCUAUGGCUGCAGCUUAACUCAAACCAUUUUCAAUGCGAUUAAUGUAAUGGCUGGAGUUGGACUUCUUUCAACACCUUAUACAUUGAGAGAAGCUGGUUGGGCAGGGAUGGUGAUUCUUCUCUUGUUUGCUGUUAUAUGUUGUUACACUGCUACUUUGAUGAAAGAGUGUUUCGAGAACAAGACUGGUAUCAUCACUUAUCCUGAUAUUGGAGAAGCAGCAUUUGGUAUAUCUGGUCGUAUUCUCAUCUGUGUGCUAUUGUACACGGAACUAUAUUCAUAUUGUGUGGAGUUCAUCAUCUUGGAAGGUGAUAACCUAACCGGGCUUUUCCCUGGUACAUCAGUGGAUUUGCUUGGUAUCCAUAUCGACUCUAAGCAUUUAUUUGGAAUCUUGACUGCUCUCAUCGUUCUUCCAACUGUUUGGUUGAAGGAUCUUCGCAUCAUUUCCUAUCUCUCAGCUGGUGGAGUUCUUGCAAGUGUUUUGAUAGCAUUGAGCACGUUUUUCCUCGGGGCAACGGGCGGGAUCGGGUUUCAUCACACUGGUCAUGCUGUGAAAUGGAAUGGAGUACCGUUUGCUAUUGGUAUCUAUGGAUUUUGCUACUCAGGACAUUCUGUGUUCCCAAAUAUAUACCAAUCCAUGGCUGAUAAAACCAAAUUCACCAAAGCAGUGAUCACAACUUUCGCUUUAUGUGUUUUCUUCUAUGGAGGAGUUGGAAUCAUGGGUUAUCUCAUGUUUGGUGAAGCCACCUUGUCUCAAAUUACACUAAACAUGCCAAAGGACUUGUUCUUUUCGAAAGUGGCUCAAUGGACAACGGUUGCGAGUCCGUUUACAAAAUUCGCUCUUCUGAUGAACCCACUAGCAAGGGGUAUAGAAGAAUUAUUACCAGAAGGAGUGCCAGAGAACAUAUGGUGCUUUCUUCUUCUAAGAACGGCACUGGUCGCUUCUUCCGUUGGUGCUGCUUUCCUUAUUCCAUUUUUUGGCAAUGAUAAUGCCAGCUCUAUGCUUCAUGAGGAUAAUGGGCAACAAAGCUACAAGAACACAGAUAAUUCUGAGUUGGAUAAUAGUGGCGAUUGGUGUGGUAAGUGGGACCUUGGGGACAUACUCUUCAGUUUCAAAGAUCAUUAA